UCUGAGGAAUAUAAGUAAAUAAAUAAUGUAAGAGCAUGGAAAGAGGUUGCGAAAAUAGAAUGUCCGCCAUUUUGUGUGCCAUGUCUUUUUCUCCGGGUUAUCGCAGCCAUGAGCACCUUAAGGCUCCAAAAGCGAUUGGCCGCUAGUGUACUUAAAUGUGGUAAAAAAAAAAUUUGGCUUGAUCCCAAUGAAUCUUCAGAAAUUGCUAAUGCUAACUCAAGGCAAAAUAUACGUAAAUUGAUCAAGGAUGGUUUGAUUAUUAGAAAACCUCAGGUUGUUCACAGUCGUGCUAGGAUACGAACUAAUUUAGAAGCUAAACAAAAAGGACGUCAUAAGGGCUUUGGUAAACGUCAUGGUACUGCUAAUGCACGUAUGCCUGAAAAGGUAAUCUGGAUGAACAGAAUGCGUGUUCUUCGUCGUCUUCUAAGGAAAUAUAGAGAACAAAAAAAAAUCGAUCAGCAUUUAUAUCAUGAUCUUUACAUGAAAUCCAAAGGUAAUGUUUUUAAAAAUAAAAGAAAUUUAAUGGAACAUAUUCAUAAAAAGAAAGCUGAAAAGAAGAGAAGCAAAGAACUUUCUGAUCAAGCUGAAGCCAGACGAACUAAAGUCAAGGCUGCUCGUGUCCGUAGAGAUGAACGUCAAGCACAAAAGAAAGCAGAAAUAUUGCAAGCUUAUGCUAAAGAAGAUGGUGUUCAGCCUCAAGCUACUUCAUAAUAAUCUGAAAUACAAACUUAAAUUUAAA